CAGCCCGGAGGCGCGGGGGUUCGGUGCGGACCCGGCUGGAGCAAGGCGUCGGGCGCGGGGCGGUCCAGGCGCCGGGGGCGGUCCCUGCAGGGGCAGGCGGGGCCGACCGGUGCUCGGUGUGGCCGCGGCCAUGAAGCCGCAGCCGCCGGGCUAGGCCCGCGGCGGCUCUAGCCCAGGGCGGGCCGCGAAGGGCUGGGCCCGGCCCCCUACACCCCCACGCCCGGCUCCCGGUUGCAGGCUGCUUCCCGGGGCCGGCCUCCCGCCGGCCACUCAUCAUGCCAGGCAAGCACCAGCAUUUCCAGGAACCCGAGGUCGGCUGCUGCGGGAAAUACUUCCUGUUUGGCUUCAACAUUGUCUUCUGGGUGCUGGGUGCCUUGUUCCUGGCCAUUGGCCUGUGGGCCUGGGGCGAGAAGGGCGUUCUUUCAAACAUCUCAGCGCUGACCGAUUUGGGAGGUCUUGACCCCGUGUGGCUGUUCGUCGUGGUUGGGGGCGUCAUGUCAGUGCUGGGCUUUGCCGGCUGCAUCGGGGCUCUUCGGGAAAACACCUUCUUGCUCAAGUUUUUUUCCGUGUUUCUGGGCCUCAUCUUCUUCUUGGAGCUGGCCACAGGGAUUCUGGCCUUCGUCUUCAAGGACUGGAUUCGCGAUCAGCUGAACCUUUUCAUCAACAACAACCUCAAGGCCUACCGUGACGACAUUGACCUCCAGAACCUCAUCGACUUCGCUCAGGAAUACUGGUCUUGCUGUGGUGCCCGAGGGCCCAACGACUGGAACCUAAACAUCUACUUCAACUGCACUGACUUGAACCCCAGCCGGGAACGCUGUGGGGUGCCCUUCUCCUGCUGCGUCAGGGACCCCGCGGAGGAUGUUCUCAACACCCAGUGUGGCUACGACAUCCGGCUCAAACUGGAGCUGGAGCAGCAGGGCUCCAUCCACACCAAAGGCUGCGUGGGCCAGUUCGAGAAGUGGCUGCAGGACAACCUGGUGGUGGUGGCCGGAGUCUUCGUGGGCAUCGCGCUGCUCCAGAUCUUCGGCAUCUGCCUGGCCCAGAACCUCGUGAGCGACAUCAAGGCAGUGAAGGCCAGCUGGAUCAAACAGGAAGACGGCUACAAGCUUCUCAAAUAAAACCAAAGCUGACUUUGGCAAACCGUCGGGGGACAGCCCCGCCUCCGAGCAUGGCCCACGUGACAGCGGCCACGGAAGGACAGCCACGUGGCCACAGCCUCACCCUGGUGACCCCGGUGUCUCCAGGGACUCGUGCUUCCUGUCAGAAUUCUGAGGGCCCCCCACCCAACUCUUCCCGUCACCCAAGUGCCCUGCCUGACGCCGCCGAGGCUGGGAGUUGGUCUCCCCCCCCGCCCCUCCACUUCUGCAGGGUUAUUCCCGCCCCCCCCCCCCCACCUAGUCUGGGAGCAGGGGUUCACCCCAUGGGGGAGCUGACAGUGCCCAGGAAAGUGGCUGAGGGGUAGGAUCAAAGUCAGGAAGGGCUUGGGAAGCGGGGAGCGAGAACUGUGCGGCGUGGCAUCCCCAGGCGGGGUGGGCUGCGCCCAGUUUUGGGGUCCUGGGGCAGCUGGUUCCUGGGGCUCAGGUUCGUUAAGUGGCAUCGUCGACUGCAGAGCGGCCUCGUGGCCGGCAGAGGGCGCGCCAGCCCAGCAUUGGCCGCCUCGCUCCGCCUCUUCCCUGCUUCCUAGCGGUUGGGGGGGGGGGCGGG